AGCAAAGCAUAACUCGAGCUCAAUUCUUCUACACAUAAUACAUCUACUUGCACGGUUGAAGCGGCAGCACUAGUAAUGGCAAACCACGGCGCCACCGCCAUCAUCCUGGUCAUGUCCCUCUUCGUGGCAGUUGCCCUCUCCGGGGUCGACGCGAGGCUCACCGCGGUGCGCCACAACGCGGUGGCAGCCCUCCACGGGACCAAGCCCAAUGCAAGGCUCACCGUGGGCCGCGACGCGAAUGGAGGUUACGCGCUGGAGAAGGCUGCGCCAGUGCCGGAGCUGACCUGCAACAAGGUGCAUGGGGUGCAGGUGGGUGAGACGUGCUCCUCCGUGGCGGAGGGAUCGGGGCUGAGCCAGGAUGACUUCCUCGGCUUCAACCCCAACAUCAACUGCGAGAAGAUGUUCGUCGGCCAGUGGGUCUGCCUUGAAGCCACAUCCGCUUGAGUGCCUGCAUGCGCGGCUUAAUUUAUUGCGGUACAGCCCUUGGUCCCUGUGUCGUGCGACGAUGAGUCGUGCUAUGGCUUUGAAUAAUUAAGGAGGCGCGUCCUAUGAUGGUUUCAUUAGUUUGUUAUUAGUAUCUGUUAUGUUCCCCUCCAUGUUUUGAGCGAAGCUGCUAAUCAGCUAGGGUCGGUAGGUAUGUCUGUCGCACUUUUAAUUUUUCAGUAUCCUGCAGUGAUGCGUGUCACUCGAUCUGUCCCCGCGACACA